AUGCUUUCCAAGGGCAACACAGCUCCGAUGUUCUAUCGGAUUUUAUCUCGGUUUCCCCCAAAUGUUACAUUCUGCUUCGCUUAUGGAUCCGGUGUAAAGCAGCAGCUAGGGUAUGAUGCGUCCCAGAAAAAGAAGAACAUGAUUGACUUGAUCUACACUGUCGAUAAUGCUCACAGAUGGCACGCUAGUAAUCUGGAACGGAAUCCCGAGCAUUAUUCCGGAUUGAAACAUUUGGGUAGCAAUUUUAUUGCCAAAUAUCAGGAAUCGUUUGGGGCCAAGGUGUUUUUCAAUACGUUGAUACCAAUUCCGGAGGAGGACGUCAUCAUAAAGUACGGAGUUGUUUGUACAAAGGAUCUUUUAGAUGAUUUAAACACCUGGUCGAAUUUAUAUUUAGCAGGAAGGCUCCAUAAGCCUGUGGAAAUAAUUCGAACUGCUAGCGGUUCCAAAAUACAGAAUGCCAUCAACAGUAACCUACGAGCAGCGGUUCACGCAGCGUUACUUAUGCUACCUGAAAAGUUCACCGAGUUUGAACUUUUCCGGGAAAUAUCUAAUCUGAGCUACGCUGGAGACUUUCGGAUGAUUUUUGGUGAAAAUAAGGACAAAGUCAACAACAUCGUACGACCGCAGUUGGAAGGCUUCCGUAAUCUUUACGCACCGACUCUGUCUCAGCUCCAACAUGUUCUUAGUCUACCGUUGGAGAACAGCGAUAAUUCCGUUUGCAUUCAGGAUCAAUCAGAGAAAACCGUUCUAUAUCAUCUAAAUCAUCUACCGAAGUGGCCAGUUCGUCGGAUUGUGUACAAACAGACUAAAGGGCGCUAUAGACAGGACACGGAAGAUAUACUGACAGCCGUUUCUAAAUCUUCAAACUACCGAGAAUUAGUAUCCCAGAGUCUUCGUGCUAUUGUGUGGCAGAGUAGCGUGAAACAGUCGAUAAAGAAUAUACCGUCGGCAGGUGUGACCAAAUCUAUUAAAUACAGCUGGACAAAGGCUUUGAAAACUUUCAACAUGUGA